AUGGCACAAGCAAACGCUGAAAUCAUGGAGACGUUAUCCGCUAUGAUUGCAGAGGCCCUCAAAGUGUCUAUUGGAAAUGCCGUCGCGCAAGUGAAUACUAACCGACAAAAUGCGGUCGGGGAGGACGCCGGUCCACCACCAAAAAUUCCAUCUUUUACUAUAUCUGAAUAUCGCCCAUUAGAAGGAACUUCUGUUGCGGAUUACUUCAAUCGAUUCGAAUGGGCACUUCAACUAAGUCACAUCCCAGAACCGCAGUACGCAAACUAUGCAAGAGUUCAUAUGGGUGCUGAACUUAACAACGCUUUGAAGUUUCUGGUCAGCCCUCGCAACCCAGCAGAUAUAAAUUAUCGAGAUUUGCGUUCUACACUUAUUAGUCAUUUCGACCGCGUCAGAAACAAAUUCGUUGAAAGCAUUAAAUUCAGGCAAAUAGUUCAACAAAAGGGAGAAUCUGUCGCACAGUUUGGUCUACGUUUGAAGCAAGGAUCCGCAUACUGCGAAUAUGGAGAGUUUCUAGAUCGAAUGCUUAUUGAACAGCUGCUGCAUGGACUGGAAGCUCGAGAUAUGUGCGAUGAAAUUUUAGCAAAGAAACCCGAAACAUUCAAUGAUGCAUUCGAGAUAGCACACACUUUAGAAGCAACUCGGGAUACUGCACGGGAAGUCAACUCAGGAACAUUAACUGCUGAAGAAACUAAUAAGUUGGGCUACGAAAAUCUCAGAACCAGAAAGAAAGUUCAGAUCAAUCAACCAAAAGGUGAACAUUCGCGAAGCAAUACUCAUCAAAGCAGCAACUCAAGUCCUUGUGAUGGGUGUGGGGGCCAGCAUUUACGGAAUCAGUGUCGUUUUCGAGAUGUGAGAUGCCACAACUGUGAUAAAAAGGGUCAUAUUGCGAAAGUGUGUCGGUCGAAAGUGAAGAAUACAUCUGCGGACCAGGUACAGUCACAAGAGUCGCCAACCUCAGAAAUCGAUGUAGUGCAGUCGUGGAGCCAAGUCAACGACAUAUCGCUUAGUAAAAAGAUGAUAGACGUGAAAAUCGAUGGUCACCCUAUUCGGAUGGAAUUGGACACAGGAGCACCGUGUGGUAUUAUUGCCGAAUCUAUAUUACGCUCAUUCAAGCCCAAGUUCUCACUGCAGAAAGCAGAUAAACAGUUUUCAAGUUAUACCGGUCAUCACAUUACGUGUCUUGGUCGCAUGACUGUGAACGUUUCAGUUGGAUCAAAAACUCGCAGGCUCAAUUUAUACGUAGUUUCUGGAAACACCGACUCGCUAUUUGGUCGUGAAUGGAUACCUCACUUCGUUGAUCAGAUCAAUUUGAAUCGUAUCUUUUCACCAAUAUCAGUGAACUCUGUGACGGGCUAUACUACACAUGAAGCAACUCAGCUUUCCAGGGUGUUAGACAGCUUCGAAGAGAUUUUCAGUGAUGUGCCAGGAAAACUGAUUGGACCUCCGGCUAAAGUACAUCUAAAACCAGGAGUAUCACCAGUCUUUGCUAAAGCUCAUGAUGUGCCCUUCGCAUUGCGUAAUCGUUAUGCGGCAGAAAUAGAAAAAAAAAUCACGUCAGGAUUUUACGAAAAAGUCGAAUACUCCGAGUGGGCGUCACCGACUCACAUAGUUGUGAAAAAAAAUGGGAAUCUUCGCAUUACUGGUAACUACAAACCAACUGUAAACCCAAGAAUGAUCAUAGACGAACACCCUAUUCCAAAAGUCGAUACCAUAUUCAACAAAAUGAAGGGAGCUACUUUGUUCUGCCAUUUAGAUGUAACCGAUGCCUAUACACAUCUUCCAAUCGACGAAGAAUUUCGUCAUGUUUUGACACUAAACACCACAACGCAUGGGCUGAUUCGCCCUACAAGAGCAGUAUAUGGAGCCGCUAAUAUACCUGCUAUUUGGCAGCGACGCAUGGAAACAGUUUUAAAGGAUCUAGAUAAUGUGGUCAGUUUCUAUGAUGACAUCAUUGUAUUCGCUGAAAAUUUUCAAGCCCUUAUACAGGCUUUGACAACGACACUGAAUAGGAUGAAACAAAAUGGAUUACGACUCAAUCGUGCGAAAUGCGUGUUCGCUACAACGUCGUUAGAAUGUUUAGGCCACAAAAUAGAUCAUAACGGACUACACAAAUCAGACAAGCAUAUAGAAGUCAUUCGUGAUGCACCGUUACCGGCUACUCCAGAAGAACUGCAGCUAUUUCUUGGUAAGGCUACGUAUUACAGUGCGUUCAUUCCAAACUUAUCCACAAGAGCUCGAAGUUUGCGAGAUUUACUCAUGGCAGAAUCUUUCGAAUGGUCUACUGAAGCAAAACGAGCUUACAAAGAUUUAAAAGAAGCCCUUAUUUCGCCACAAGUUCUUAUGCAGUACGACCCAAGUUUACCCUUGGUACUAGCAACAGACGCUAGCAAAACCGGUUUAGGUGCAGUACUUUCACAUCGAUUAAGUAACAGUACAGAACGUCCAAUAGCAUAUGCCAGCACUACAUUGUCUAGCACAGAACAACGAUACCCCCAAAUUGAUAAAGAGGCACUCGCAAUCGUUUGGGCUGUUAAAAAAUUCUUCCAUUAUCUAUAUGCACGUAAGUUUACGCUUAUUACCGACCACAAGCCUCUAGCACAAAUAUUGCAUCCAGAAAAAUCCCUUCCAACGCUUUGUAUAAGCCGUAUGGCAAAUUACGCAGAUUAUCUGGUACAUUUCAACUACGAUGUCGUUUAUAAACCAACACAACAGAAUACUAACGCUGACUACUGUUCCCGACUACCAGUUAAAUCUUUGAAAUCCGCCGAAAAUAAUGAAUCUCCGCAUGAAGGCAAUGAGGACGCAUUCGAGGGAUUCACCUUAAAUGCCAUACAGCAAUUACCGGUAAGAGCAGAAUUAAUAGCACGCGAAACGAAAAAAGAUGCGUAUCUAGGAAAGCUGGUGCAGGAAUUAGAAUCUGGCCGGGAUCUUGCCCAGCAAGGACACAAAGCUCCAGAAUCAAAAUAUACUUUGGUUGCAAAUUGCUUACUAUUCGAACACAGAGUAGUAAUACCACCGGUCCUUCGACAAGCAAUUCUUAACGAUUUACAUGUUGCGCAUAUUGGAGUUGUUAAGAUGAAGGGGUUGGCUCGAUCCUUUGUUUACUGGCCAGGCAUCGAUUCAGACAUCGAACGAACAGCGAAAUCUUGCAGUAGUUUGUAG